AUGAGCCGGGAUGAGGAGCAGUGGGACGGGACCGACCAGUCGUACUCGAGAGGCACCCAGACAGGAGGAGUCAGGAUGGCUCGGGAUAUGUCAGAUAAGGACAUCUUGAAAAUGGAGUUGGACCAGUUGAAGAAAGAAGUUAAUACCCCAAGGACGGCAGUGAGUGCAAACUGCGCGGACACUAUUACUUUCGUUGAAACAGAGAUGCCAAACGAUCCGCUGAUUAAAGGCGUCCCGGAUGACAAGAACCCCUACAAGGGAGACAAAGGAGGCUGCGUGGUGACAUAGCACAUGGAGAGGCAUUCGAGGAAAAGCUGCAGUUUUUUAUCAGAGAUGGUUACAUUGCUGUGAUCUUCCUGUAGAAUGCGUGUGCAUAAAUGUACAGUAGAAAAAAAAGAAAAGUUGCAGAAUAAUGUAACGGAGUAGCUACCAGAAGAGGGACCCUUCACAACGCAGGAUUACUGUAUGUACUGUACCUGUUGAAUGUGUGUCAAUUUGUAAUUAAAAGCAAAUAGUUGUUCAAACCUUCAA